UUGCCUUAGUUAUUGCUUCCUCUUUUAGAAAGUUUCUUGAUCUUAGCCUGUCAUUGGCUCCGCACUCUUUUAACUAUGCUAUUCUUUCAUGAUCCUCUUAGUGCCCCAGAAACCAGUUGGCAUUUCUUGCAACAACUGUUAGAGAAGACUAAGGGUCUGGACUCUUCUGGGUUCCUAGAUGAGAGUCUUGUGAGAAUUCUAUGUAGUUGAGGAAUGAAUGAAAGCCAGUCAGGCUCUGCCCUACAGGAGAGGAAAAUAACUGAAAUACCAAUCAUUUUCCUCAUUUCUCUGACAUACUUUUCUUUCUUCAUAGCACCUGGAAUGGAUAAAAAUGGCUGUUUUUGUUACUUCCCAUGAGGUUCUGUAUCUGGAAUGAGAACUAUGAACUUAAUCUAGAGUAGGACAUUUCUAAGGAAAUGGAAUGGCAUUGGGCAGCACCAGGAGGACCUGCAAGGAAUAUUUGAGGGCACAGAGCUACAAAGGUUGUCAACAGAAGAAUUUAUGGGAAACAAUUGAUCAGAAACACUAGUAGAGAAACCUUUUAAAUUUCUUCAAGCAGUGGAAAAAUUGAGUCUUGGUUCAAAUUAAGGAAAAUCUACACUGAAGAGAAAAUCAAAUAAAGUCUGAAAUAUAAAAAGUAUGUUGCUUAACACCCUAAUGUAAAUUUAGGAAAACAAAUGAAAGGGCAGAUCCUUUUAAAAUUUCUUAACUAUGGCACAAUGUUUGUAAAACUUUUGGACUCAUCUCUAAAAAUUGCCAUGAUUCUGAAACUCGAUAAUAUCCCAAAUAUGGAACAGUUUCAAUGAAAAAUAACACUUGAGAAUACACCAGACGUACACAAGGAUGAUCUGAGUGUGGAAAAGUGCCGCUAACUAAUAAAUCACAUACUUUCAGAUUACCUUGGUAAACAUAAGGAACAGUCAAGUUAAAGCUCAGUCUUUAACAAUGCUGUGCUGAAUGCAAUAAAAGUUGGAUUUCAUUCCUAUGGAGAACAGAACCUGCUUUCUUCUUCACCUAAGGAUACCAUACAGCUGUUCCCAAAGUCCAGCUCUCCAGAUAUCCCAGUGUCAGGGUAGAUUGGAGUCUCUAUCCAGGCAGAUGGCCUGCUGCCCAGUGAACACUAUGUACAGAGCAAUAUGAGCACCAUUUUCUUUUCUGGCAGUGAGGUAAAAUCAGGUCAUUUUGGAAGAGGAGAAGCCACACUGCAUCUCUGCUACACAAGAUUACUCUGUCCUUACCUUUGAGGCUUUCACACUCCCUUCUUCUCAAGCACCACUUUUUAUUGAGACUUAUCUCACCUGGGUCUAUUCUUGUGGGCACAUCUUGCCUUCUCUCUUCCUCUUGUGUCUUUUCCUUGUUGAGUUAGGGAGAGUAUGCAGGCAUUCCUCUUAUUCCUGACUGGUGCUGCUAUAUCUGUCAAGGGAGAGGAGAAGGAGCAGGGGGUUCUGAAAACUGAUCAUCCAUGUCUUACAGGAACAACAGCUAGACAGGACUUUGGCAGUGGCAGCUUUCUGAGCUCAUAAGACCUUUACCUCUAGACUAGCACUGCAAUCAUGAGCCCUUAUCUCUUUUAGUCCAUUGCCCUUCAGUACAAAUGCCUGUGCCUUCUGGGGCUUUGAGCUAGUUUUUGUGGGUUUGUUUUGUUUUGUUUUUAAUUUUUUUUUCCAAUUCAGUAAGGCUUUCCCUUUUUUUUCUCCUGUUGGUUGUUUGAAACCAAAUUCAGUAUGAAUAAGAGAGGGAAAUACACAACAUUGAAUUUAGAGGAGAAAAUGAAGGUUCUAAGUAGGAUUGAAGCUGGACGGUCUCUUAAAAGUGUAAUGGAUGAAUUUGGAAUCAGUAAAUCAACAUUUUAUGACAUUAAAAAGAAUAAGAAAUUGAUUUUGGACUUUGUACUAAGGCAGGACAUGCCAUUAGUAGGGGCUGAGAAGAGAAAGAGGACCACAGGAGCCAAAUAUGGAGAUGUGGACGAUGCAGUCUACAUGUGGUACCAACAAAAACACUCAGCUGGUGUCCCUGUUAGAGGUGUGGAGCUUCAGGCUGCUGCAGAGAGAUUCGCCCAGUGUUUUGGGCGAACAGACUUCAAAGCUAGCACUGGUUGGCUUUUUAGAUUUCGAAAUAGGCACGCAAUUGGGAACCAAAAAGUAUGUGGGGAACAAGUCCUAAGUUCAGCUUCAGAAAAUGUUGAGCCAUUUCGGCAAAAAUUGUCCAUGCUUAUCAAGGAGGAGAAACUGCAUCUAGCUCAGCUGUACAGUGGGGAUGAAACUGACCUCUUUUGGAAGUCAAUGCCAGAAAACACUCAGGCAAGCAGAAAAGAUAUCUGCCUGCCCGGGAGAAAAAUAAACAAAGAAAAGUUGUCUGCUCUUUUAUGUGCAAAUGCAGAUGGAACUCAUAAGUUAAAGUCAAUCAUUAUUGGAAAAUCGAGGUUGCCCAAAAAUGUGAAAGAGGAUACAAGUACAUUACCUGUGAUAUAUAAACCUAGUAAGGAUGUUUGGUUCACCAGAGAAUUGUUUUCAGAAUGGUUCUUUCAAAACUUUGUUCCUGAGGUCAGGCAUUUUCAACUUAAUGUUCUAAGAUUCCAUGAAGAGGACGUCAGAGCCUUGUUACUUCUGGACAGUUCUCCAGUUCACCCUUCCACUGAAUCACUAACCAGUGAGGAUGGUCGAAUAAAAUGCAUGUUUUUUCCCCGUAACACUUCAACCUUGAUUCAACCAAUGAAUCAAGGUGUGAUCUUGAGCUGCAAACGACUUUAUAGGUGGAGGCAACUUGAAGAGAGUCUUGUCAUUUUCGAAGAAAGUGAUGAUGAGCAAGAUAAAGGAGAAAAAGGAGUUUCCAAGAUUAAAAUCUACAACAUAAAAAGUGCAAUUUUUAACUGGGCAAAGAGUUGGGAUGAAGUAAAACAAAUAACCAUAGCAAAUGCAUGGGAAAAUCUUCUUUACAAAAAGGAACCUGAAUAUGAUCUUCAAGGCUUAGAAGAUGGGGAUUAUAGAGAAAUUCUUGAGAAAUGUGGGGAGUUGGAAACCAAGCUGGAUGAUGAUAGGGUGUGGUUAAAUGGGGAUGAUGAAGAAAAGGGUAGUCUCCCCAAAACAAAAGGUGGGAUUACAAAGGAAGUUGUUCAAAAAGGAGGAGGAACUGAAGAGCAGACUGCUGAGUUUAAGUUAUCUGCAGUCAGAGAGAGUUUAGACUACCUUCUUGACUUUGUUGAUGCCACACCUGAAUUUCAAAGGUUCCAUUUCACACUGAAAGAGAUGCAACAGGAAGUAAUCAAGAAACAGUUCCAGAGUAGAAUCCAUUCUAGAAUUGGUAGCUUUUUGAAACCUAGGCCUCAUAAUAUUAGGGAUUCCUUCAAUAUGCCUUCAACUUCUGGUUCUAGUAAUUAGAUUUUGUGUUUAAAGAGUUCUGCAGUUAUGAUAAUAUAUGAUGUAGACCUGUUGGGAAUUGUCAUGGUUUUUAUCAACAGAACUCAUUUUGCAUAUCAAUGUCUACUUAAAUAGUUUAUAAAGUAUACAAUUUGAAAAUAAUAAAUUUGUUUCU